AUGGGUCCUUCUUUUUUCAGCGCCUUUUCGGCGCUUUUCUUUGCCACUUCCUUCUUACACCCUAUCAACGCCGCGGCGCCAUCUUACAACUUCACCCAAGAGGCCAUCAACAACGGCGACGCCCUUGCUCAACUUGCUGCAAAGGCUCUCGCUAACUCUAAAUCCUUACACCAACGUUUGGGAUCAUUAGCAAACUCAACAUGCACGCCGGACAAUGUUCGCGUCCGCCGAGAAUGGAGGACUCUAUCAGCUGAGGAUCGAAGAGCGUUCGUAGCUGCCAUUGAGUGUAUGCAGAGUUCUCCGAGCUUGUAUGAGCCGGGAGUCAUGCCGGCUGCGAAGACUUUGUACGAUGACUUUGUGGCCAUCCACCUCAAGCAGACCCCUCUCUGGCAUCGCCUGUUCACUGAUGUGUUUGAGCAAAAGGUCCGCGAAUGCGGUUAUACUGGUACAUUCCCCUUCUGGGAAUGGGGUUAUGAUGCGGAAGACCCUGCGCUGUCACCUCUCUUUGACGGAUCAGACACUUCCAUCGGCAGCAACGGCGCCUUUGUUCCUCAUGAAGGCCUCGAAAUUCACCAGGCUUACACUAACGUGACCGUCAAACUCGAGCCCGGAUCUGGCGGCGGCUGCGUCAUGUCGGGCCCCUUCUCUAACAUGACUGUCAACCUACCCGUCGUUAAGAACACCGACACUCCCCUCGCUGCUGACCCGCGCUGCCUGCAGCGAGACCUGAACAAGCACGUCUCUUCACGACACACCACAUUUCGAAACACGACUCUCCUUCUGACUGAGCACAACACGGUUGAGUCGUUUUGGGGUUUCAUGAAUGGCGAUGAUCGUUACAUCAACCCGUUUGAGCUAGGAGUUCAUGCGGGUGGCCAUUGGCAGCUCGGAGGGGACUCUGGCAACAACUUCUUCAUCUCUCCGGCUGACCCAGCGUUCUUCCUGCACCACAGCCAGAUCGACCGUGUUUACUGGAUCUGGCAGAUGCUUGACUGGGAGAACAGACAGGAUAUCUUUGGCACUGUCACGAUGCAAAACAUCCCCCCGAGCCGCAAUGGCACUUUGGACGACCUUGUUGAUCUUCGCCCUUUGGCUGAGCCGAGAAAACUGAGGGACCUGAUGAGCACGAUUGGUAUUGGCGGCUCUCCAUUCUGCUAUGUCUACGAAGGGUAA